CGGUCCCGCCCCGCGUUUCCGGCCGCGCUGCGGCCGCGCCGAUGGCGGUGAAUUACGCGGCCGGGCUGUCCCCGUACUCGGACAAGGGCAAGUGCGGCCUCCCCGAGAUUUUCGACCCUCCGGAGGAGCUGGAGCGGAAGGUGCAGGAGCUGGCUGACCUGAUCCGGAGCUCCUCCAAUGUGGUGUUUCACACGGGAGCAGGGAUCAGCACGGCCUCGGGAAUCCCUGACUUCAGGGGCCCCAAUGGUGUCUGGACUAUGGAAGAGAAAGGGCUCUCCCCGAAAUUCGACACCACCUUUGAGAAYGCCAGGCCCUCCAAGACUCACAUGGCGCUGCUGGGGCUGCAGAGAGUGGGAAUCCUGAAAUUCCUGGUCAGCCAGAACGUGGAUGGGCUGCACGUGCGCUCAGGAUUCCCACGGGACAAGCUGGCUGAGCUGCACGGGAACAUGUUUGUGGAAGAUUGGGAAGAUUCCCUGCCUGACCGUGACCUGACRCUGGCAGAUGAAGCCUGCAGGAAAGCYGAUCUCUCUGUCACCCUGGGGACCUCUCUGCAGAUCAAACCCAGCGGGAACCUCCCGCUGAUCACCAAGAAGAGAGGAGGGAAGUUGGUCAUCGUCAACCUCCAAGCAACCAAACACGACCGCCAGGCCGACCUGCGCAUCCACGCCUACGUCGAUGACGUGAUGACCAAGCUGAUGAAGCUGCUGGGGCUGGAGGUGCCCGAGUGGACGGGGCCGGUGGUGGUGGAGAGCGCUGAGCCAGCCAGGGCUGAGCAGCUGCAGGGACGGCUGAAGGAGGAGAAGGAGGAGCAACUCUCCCACCACAACGGCACAGAAACRCCGUGUCCCGGGAGGGGACUCAAGCAGGAGUGUCCCAGCCCGGACACGGGGCCAGCACCGGUGAAGAAGAUGAAGGUGGAGCCUCUCCUCACCUGACCUGGACUGUCCCUGUCUCACCUGGGCUGCUUUUCCUACCGACUUUUUUUUAUGUCCUUAAAUAUUGUCCCUUUUUUUAUGUCAGUAUUAAACGCACUUGAAUUGUG